AUGAAUCCCCACAAUCUAAACGCCUACAAUAAUCGCACGCCAUCCCCAGGGCGACCGCUAGACAGCUAUCAGCUCCAGGACAAUCCCUAUGGACCUGCUGGCCACCUGCCCAUGCCCUCCAGCGAUCGCCUUGCUGAACAACCGACUUAUUCCGUUGAGAAUGUACACAAUUCCUACGGUCACCACGAGGCCUACGAGGGCCACCAAUCUCACCAACCCUACGGGUAUGGCGAUUACACGGUUGACCCCGAAGCCCACCACGACGCCUACUAUACGCAACCAUACGAACCGACGCAUACACCCCACGAUGAUUACGACCUUGGCCAGUAUCCAGAAGAUGGCCGUACUCCAUACGAUGACAACGCCCCAUUGGUAGCCGGCGAGAAUCCCUUUGGCCCGGACCCAUAUAAUGCAGAGUACCAAGACGAGCCGCGACCGACACCCAGUCCUGCUCCCAUCAAGCGCUGGAAGACAGUCAAAGAAGUUCAAUUGUUCAAUGGCAACCUUGUGCUGGACUGUCCCAUCGCACCCAAGCUGCUUAGCCAAGUUCCACAUGCCGAGGCCCCUGGUCGUGAUGAGUUUACGCACAUGCGUUACUCUGCUGCAACUUGUGACCCUUCCGAGUUCUUUGAGGAACGGUUUACUUUGCGCCAGAAGCUUUUCGCUAAACCGCGUCACACGGAACUCUUCAUUGUGGUAACCAUGUACAACGAAGAUGAUUUCCUGUUCGCGCGGACUAUGUCUGGUGUGUUCAAAAAUAUCGAGCACAUGUGCUCGCGCACCAGCAGCAAGACCUGGGGCAAGGACGCCUGGAAGAAGAUUGUUGUUUGCGUGAUCAGUGAUGGUCGUGCUAAGAUCAAUCCGCGAACUCGUGCUGUGCUUGCCGGUUUGGGCGUGUACCAGGACGGAAUCGCCAAGCAGCAGGUGAACAACAAGGACGUGACAGCUCACAUCUAUGAAUAUACCACACAGGUUGGCUUGGAGGUUAAGGGAACUCAAGUUCAUCUGAAGCCUCGAUCGGGCCCUCCCGUGCAGAUGAUUUUCUGUCUGAAGGAAAAGAACCAGAAGAAGAUUAACUCCCAUCGUUGGUUCUUCCAGGCCUUCGGUCGCGUGCUAGAUCCCAACAUUUGCGUUCUUCUGGAUGCCGGUACGAAGCCUGGUAGGGACUCGAUCUACCACCUCUGGAAGGCAUUUGAUGUGGAGCCCAUGUGCGGUGGUGCAUGUGGAGAGAUCAAGGUCAUGCUUUCGCAUGGCAAGAAGCUGCUGAACCCGCUUGUUGCCGGCCAGAAUUUCGAAUACAAACUGAGCAACAUUCUCGACAAGCCUUUGGAGUCAGCCUUUGGUUUCAUCUCCGUGUUGCCAGGUGCCUUUUCUGCCUAUCGUUACAUUGCUCUGCAAAAUGACAAGAACGGACAAGGUCCGCUCGAGCGGUACUUUCUGGGUGAGAAGAUGCACGGCGCCAACGCCGGCAUUUUCACGGCUAACAUGUACCUGGCCGAGGAUCGUAUCCUUUGUUUUGAGAUCGUUUCAAAACGGAAAUGCCGCUGGCUGUUGCGCUAUGUCAAGUCCUCGACAGGCGAGACUGAUGUCCCUGACCGCAUGGCCGAAUUCAUUCUGCAGCGCCGUCGUUGGCUGAACGGUAGUUUCUUCGCCGCCGUUUAUGCGAUUACUCACUUCUACCAGAUCUUCCGCAGUGAUCAUAGCUUCCUGCGCAAGUUCAUGCUGAUGAUUGAGUUCAUUUAUCAAACCAUUGCUAUGAUCUUUGCCUGGUUUGGCAUUGGUAACUUCUUCCUGGUCUUCCACAUUCUUACUACAUACUUGGGCAGCGAUGACCUCCUGGGCACUGCUGGUAAGGUUCUUGGGAUUGUUUUCGAAUGGCUUUAUCUGGCUACACUGGUUACUUGCUUCGUCCUCGCCCUUGGAAACCGUCCUGGUGGCUCGAACAAGUUCUAUAUGACGAUGGUGUACUUCUGGAUUUUCAUUAUGAUAUACCUGUCUUUUGCAGCAGUGUUUGUCACGGUGAAGUCCAUUCAGACAGAAGUGGCCGAAAACAACUUCUCAGUCAGCGAGCUGUUUACGAACAAGACAUUCUUCUCGAUCAUCGUGUCACUUGGUUCGACCUAUGUCAUGUGGUUCUUAGCCUCGUUCAUCUUCAUGGACCCCUGGCAUAUGUUCACCUCGUUCAUUCAGUACAUUCUCCUCACCCCAACUUACAUCAAUGUGCUCAACAUCUACGCCUUCUGUAAUACUCACGACAUCACGUGGGGCACUAAGGGUGAUGACAAGGCCGAGAAGCUACCGUCUGCUACUCUCAAGCCUGGCGGCAAGGUUGAUGUCAACAUCCCUCAGGAUGACGGUGACCUGAACGCCCAAUACGAGGCUGAACUUCAGAAGUUUGCCGUCAAGGCGCCGAAGGAAGAGAAGAACAUCUCGGAUGAAGAGCGCCAGGCAGACUACUACAAGGGGUUCCGAAGUGCUGUUGUGUUGGCUUGGGUGUUCUGCAAUUUCGCUCUUGGAGCUGUGGUGUUGAGUGCUGCUGGCCUGGAGACCUUUGAUGACACAUCUACCACCGAUAGCACCAACCAAGAUGAAACCCAGAGCGAACGGUCCAUGAUAUACAUGGAAGUCGUCCUUUGGAGUGUUGCUGGGUUGUCAAUGUUCAAGUUUUGUGGCGCCAUGUGGUUUUUGAUUGUUCGGAUGUUCCGAGGCGUUUGA